CCGCUGGCGGCGGUUGCCAGGGUGGGGGUCGCUUUGCGGCAUGGCGAUGGCGGAGGGCGAGCGGACUGAGUGUGCUGAGCCCCCUCGGGACGAGCCCCCGGCUGAUGGCGCUCUGAAGCGGGCAGAGGAGCUCAAGACGCAGGCCAACGACUACUUCAAAGCCAAGGACUACGAGAACGCGAUCAAGUUCUACAGCCAGGCCAUCGAGCUGAACCCCAGCAAUGCCAUCUACUAUGGCAACCGCAGCCUGGCCUACCUGCGCACCGAGUGCUACGGCUACGCGCUGGCUGACGCCACGCGGGCCAUCGAGAUCGACAAGAAGUAUAUUAAGGGCUACUACCGCCGGGCCGCCAGCAACAUGGCCCUGGGCAAGUUCCGGGCCGCCCUGCGUGACUACGAGACGGUGGUGAAGGUGAAGCCUCAUGACAAGGACGCCAAAGUGAAGUACCAGGAGUGCAACAAGAUCGUGAAGCAGAAGGCCUUCGAGCGGGCCAUCGCGGGCGAUGAACACAAGCGCUCUGUCGUGGACUCGCUGGACAUCGAGAGCAUGACCAUCGAGGAUGAGUACAGCGGGCCCAAGCUUGAGGAGGGCAAAGUGACAAUCGCCUUCAUGAAGGAGCUCAUGCAGUGGUACAAGGACCAGAAAAAGCUGCACCGGAAAUGCGCCUACCAGAUUCUGGUUCAGGUCAAAGAGGUCCUGUCCAAGCUGAGCACGCUCGUGGAGACCACGCUCAAAGAGACAGAGAAGAUUACAGUGUGCGGGGACACCCACGGCCAGUUCUAUGACCUCCUCAACAUAUUUGAGCUCAACGGGUUACCCUCGGAGAACAACCCCUACAUAUUUAAUGGUGACUUCGUAGACCGUGGCUCCUUCUCUGUAGAAGUGAUCCUCACCCUUUUCGGCUUUAAGCUCCUGUAUCCAGAACACUUUCACCUACUUCGAGGCAACCAUGAGACGGACAACAUGAACCAGAUCUAUGGCUUCGAGGGCGAGGUGAAGGCCAAGUACACAGCCCAGAUGUAUGAGCUGUUCAGCGAGGUGUUUGAGUGGCUCCCACUGGCCCAGUGCAUCAACGGCAAAGUGCUGAUCAUGCACGGGGGCUUGUUCAGUGAAGACGGCGUCACCCUGGACGACAUCAGGAAGAUCGAGCGGAACCGGCAACCCCCAGACUCAGGUCCCAUGUGCGACCUGCUCUGGUCGGACCCGCAGCCACAGAACGGGCGCUCAGUCAGCAAGCGCGGCGUGAGCUGCCAGUUCGGGCCUGACGUCACCAAGGCCUUCCUGGAGGAGAACCACCUGGACUACAUCAUCCGCAGCCACGAGGUCAAGGCCGAGGGCUACGAGGUGGCGCAUGGCGGCCGCUGCGUCACCGUCUUCUCUGCCCCCAACUACUGCGACCAGAUGGGGAAUAAAGCCUCAUACAUCCACCUCCGGGGCUCCGACCUGCGGCCCCAGUUCCACCAGUUCACAGCAGUGCCUCAUCCCGACGUCAAGCCCAUGGCCUACGCCAGCACGCUGCUGCAGUUAGGGAUGAUGUGAGGCCAGCCCAGGGCAGCGUUGGAACCCCUUUUACUUUGUAAAGUUUGUAUUUAUUCCCCUUUAGGUUUGCAGAGGGGGCGGGGGCUGGCCAGAGGGUCUGCUCCCUGGACAAAGAGGAAGGAGGUGGAGAGGCAGGGUUGGGGCGCCUACCGGGCAUUCUGGAGGGAGGCGGGCCUCGGGGGUGGGGCGGGGCCCAGGGGCUUCCCCGCCCCCCUCGUUUGCAUGGCCCCUCCCCCGCUAAAGCAAUAGGGCCCCCGCCACAGGAAGACCCUGAAGGAGGGUCAUCAGGGAGGCCUCGCCUGCACCGCCUCCUGGCAGCCCCAGAGCGGGGCUAGGCUGGGGCUCACCCCCUUCCCCAGCUAUUUUAUGUCUGUAAUUAAAUGUUAAAAUAAAGUCAUUAUUGUAAGUCA